AUGUUUUCUUGUUUCUGUUUCAGCAUUCAGGAUAAUUCCUUCAACACGACAGCUUUAGCAGAGUGUGACGGGGAUUCAGACUCUGUAUAUGAAGAUCAAGCAGGCAGCUCCAGCUCCAGAGAUGAUGAAAACAAAGAAAAUUAUCCAGACAACACUGCUGUCUUAGAGGAAAGGCCUUGGCAAGAUACUCAGCAGCACAAGCAACAGACUGUAAUUGACUACAUUCUAAAGCCUGAAAUGGGAAACUUAAAGCUAAGAAAACCUAAGCCCAUUGCAAAGCUAGAAAAUGGAAAAAGCCACGAGGAAAGCCAGGAGCUGGAAAGUGCAUUGCCUGGCCUCUCAGAGCAGCAGGGGAAAGCUGGAUCAUCAGCUAAUGACUGCACACAGAACAUGGCUUUAAAAUGCCAGGAAGCAGUUGUAAGAUUGCAACCAGGGAUAAACCAGAACACAGGCAUUUCACCCAAAGAAGCAGCUGAACAACUUAGUAUCUUAAAUGAGGAAGAAACUCCUCAGCUGCCGGCACCCAAGGACCCAGCCCCUUCAUCAGUCCAAACCAGUGCACAAGCUGAUGGGGCUAGUUGUGGAGAGCCUGUGCCAGCCAACAGGGACUGGCAGAAUGACAUGGACAGCAGCCCACAAGAACAUCACUCCCUAGGGACCAGUCGACUGCUGUAUCACAUUACAGAUGGAGACAAUCCUCUUUUGUCACCACGCUGCUCUAUCUUUAGCCAAAGCCAGAGAUUUAAUCUAGACACAGAGUCUGCCCCUUCUCCACCAAGUGCUCAACCUUUCAUGAUGUCAAGAAGUUCUUCUAGAUGUAACUGUGAAGAGUGCAAGGAGCCACAAACAGUAGCACAACUUACCAAGCAUCUUCAGAGUCUCAAGAGAAAAAUUAGGAAGUAUGAAGAAAAGUUUGAGCAAGAAAAAAAAUACCUGGUAACUAAGCCAGAGAAGAGUCUCAUGAAACCUCUUUAUGACAGAUACAGAAUUAUCAAGAAGCUGCUUGCAGCUCCAUCUCUGAUCACAACAAUUCAGGAGGAGGAAGAUUCAGAUGAAGACCAUUCUCAAAGUAGCCAUGUGUUCUCAUCUGGUCCGAUAUCUUGCCUCCCUGUGGAGGAACACUUGUGUUACUCUCAGGAGGAGACUGAGCCUCCAUAUGUUUCACCUCUGGAUGAAAAGAAAGUUUUCAAGCAAACGGCCUUGUCCAUGUCCAACUUGCACGAGGCAACAAUGCCUGUUCUGCUUGAACAUCUCAGAGAAACAAGAGCAGAUAAGAAAAGGCUUCGCAAAGCUCUGAGAGAGUUUGAGGAACACUUCUACAAACAGACAGGAAGGAGUCCACAAAAAGAAGACCGGGUGCCUAUGGCUGAGGAAUACUCUGAGUACAAGCACACAAAAGCCAAAAUCAGGCUCUUGGAGGUUCUCAUCAGUAAGCAUGACAUUUCCAAAACAAUUUGA